AUGACAAACAAGAGUUAUUUACCAGAAACAGGUUCUCCUACAAUUUCAGAAUCAAAAUCUGAGGCUGCCAAUGCUCCUAUUGUUCGCCGAGGCGGAACAUCUGAGAACAUCCAAGUCUUUGUACGCAUUCGUCCUUUAAUUGAGCGCGAGACUUCUCAAGAGCGAUGUGCUGGAUCUCACUCCAUCCGUGCGACCAAUCACCAGACCAUUGAAGUCCGCACGGCCGAAUCCACAAUUACGUGCGCGUACGAUGCCGUCUUCGACCACACAAUUUCACAAGAGCAAGUAUAUGAGCGGGUGCAUGAGUGCACUCAAUCGUUUCUCGAGGGUUUUAACUCGACACUUUUCGCUUACGGGCAAACUGGCAGUGGUAAAUCUUUCACGAUGUUUGGUGCUGAGACGGACCUAUCGCGGUACAGACCAGGGCUUCAGAACAGCCAGGCAGGUAUAAUCCCGCGUGCUAUCAAGGAUAUUUUUGCAGCUACUGUGCAAAUGGAGGCGGACGCUCAAGCAACAGUGUACUGCUCGUUCGUACAAGUUUAUAAUGAACACAUCUUCGAUCUAUUGCGCGAUACUCAAAUGAACACACCUCUGGAGAUUCAUGAAGACCGUAAGAACGGAAUAUUUGUCGAAGGACUGUCCGAAUACGCAGUACGAAGCGUCAGUGACUGUCUGCAGCUGCUGCAAUGUGGUGAACAGAACCGAGCUGUGCGUUCUACUCACAUGAACCAAGUAAGUAGUCGAAGUCACAGUGUUUUCCAGCUGCUCCUCGAGCAGAGACGAAAGGAUGGUACCUUUCUGAAGUCCAAGUUCAAUCUCGUUGAUCUUGCUGGCUCUGAGAAAUGGAAUACGGGCGCCGAAAUGCGAGAACACCACAUCUCGGAGAUGACGAACAUUAACCUAAGCUUACACACUCUUGGACGAUGUAUCGCCUCGUUGUCCAGCAAGUCAACAGGCGGGUCUGCUCACGUACCCUAUCGUGACUCAAAGCUAACUAGACUGCUUCAAGAUAGUCUGGGAGGCAAUACCAAAACCAAGAUAAUUGCGACGUUGUCACCAUCUCUAGACUGUGUGGAAGAAUCCAUCUCCACUCUGAAAUUUGCCGAUCGAGCAAAGAAGGUUAUGGUUAUGGUGCGUGUCAAUGAGCAGCGAGAGAUCGAUCCAGCGUACGUGGAAAAACUGCAAGAAGAACUUGAGCAGUUGCGUGAAGUUGUCAGGCUACUCCGACUCCCCAAUACUUCAAACGAAGAUGAUGGCGAAGACGAAGGCGAUACUGGUAACAAUAAUGAUGAUCACGUCAUGAAUGAUGAUGCAUCCUCUACAGGGUUGAAAAGUCGAGUCGUUCGCUUAGUUCACGAAAACACUGAGCUUAGGCACCAGAACGACAAACUGCAAAAAGAACUCGACAAGCUUCGAAUGCAGCAGUCGUCACAAGAUAACACUAUGGCACUGAAAGCCACUGUCGACCCACAAAUUCUACAGGCAAAGCAGCACUUCGAGACUACCGUACAUCAGCUGAAAGAUGCCUCAGACCGUUUUUUUCGGUUCGAAAUCGAGGAAGAGGAGCUCAAAGCGAUCCAUACGAGACUCUUCCAGGGGGUUCAUGCCAGUCCUAGCCUUCCGCCAUUGUGUGCAUCUCUUUCCCCACUAUCAACAAGUAACAGGGCAUCUAGUGGAGGCACUAUUGUAAGACCUCGCCCGCCGGUGAAGCUUCGGUCAUUCGGGUCGUUCACACCUUCUGGACUGGUAGCUAAGCAGCCAGGCCCCAUGGACAUUGCUUAUCGAGUACGAGGUCGUUCAUCCAGCAUCGAUACGAGCAACAAUGGAGAGUGCUGGAAAAACGACAUGCAAGCCACACCUGCUAUAACUGUCGAAAAGGAACUUGAAUUAUCGCGAAAAGCUAUCGAGAAGCAAACAAAACUACAGAAUUGGCUGAUCGAAAAGGAAAGGAGGGAGAUUUUCAAGCUUCAGCAAGAGCAGCAGUUCAUCGACGACCAACGCCGAUACACUGCUGAAAAGGACGCUAAAUUCUUCAAACGAGCAGCCGCAACGAAAAAGAAGCUGCUUCUAGCUUCAACUGCAUCAUAUUCAGGUGCUUUCGAUUCUCCAAGUAACAAGCCGGCCACAGCUGAAACGUGA